CAUAUUAAUGGAGUAUAUCAUUACUAGUCUCAUUAGAGUUAUUACAUUUCCGCAGGGAAUAAUCACAAAAUGGUAAUUCCGCGAAAUGCACGAACUACUAGACUAAUGUAGCUACCAUUCCCAUUUAUUAAUGAAAGAAUACGACUUAACACGUUUGAUUCGUCGUUAAUUAAUUUAUCUCAUUCGAGUCAUUACAUUCAGCAGGGGAUAAACAGAAGUGGAAAUUAACGCACGAACAUGGGCGGUUGUUUCCACCAUACUCUGGAUCCCUUGCUGCUCUGCCCCCCUUAUCAACUAGAAAUAUGUGUCACGUGCCUCUAGCCACGUGCCCAACGAUCGGAUUUCACGGAUGGAAAACAUUCCUCCCUAACCCAUCUGCUUCAUCAUGGCUGAUACAUCCCAAGCAAGGUCCACGGGCCUCGACAACGUCGCCAGGGAGCCAGAAGUGUCUGAGCAAUCCAACAACGUUUUCGAAGACGAGAAUCAGGCCUACGAUUCCGACUCCUCCUACGAUGAGCCUGAGGAGAGACCCAAAGAAAAGUCAAGAAAGCCCGGAAACAGCGCCUUCAGACAGCAGCGGAUGAAGGCAUAUAACCCUGUGUUCACUGCCAAAACUGUGAUCCCACUUUUGAUAGGAAUUGCUAUUGUUUUUAUCCCGUUGGGAGCAGCCAUGUGGUACGCCUCCCACCAAGUCCAGGACAUCGCUAUUGACUACUCACAGUGCGAGCUCCAGGCGUCUCGAGACCACUGGUCAGAGAUCCCAGAACAAUACACCUCCUACAACUACCGUGGGCAGCCUGUGCUUGCGAACAAGGCGCAAUGGAGACUUGACACCGAUGAAUCCCAGCCUUUUGAAGACGAAAGAAACGUGUGUAGAAUCCAGUUCGAAGUGCCACACGAUAUCAAGGCUCCGCUCUACUUCUUCUACCGUUUGGAGGAGUUCUACGCCAACCAUCGUCGUUUUGUCAAGUCGUUCAACGAGGACCAGCUCAACGGAAAAGCAGCAUCGACUGACACCAUCAAGAACACGGUAGGUGGCAACUGCCAGCCUUUGUCGAUUAACGACGAGGGCAAGAAGUACUAUCCAUGUGGGUUGAUUGCAAACAGUUUGUUCAACGACACUUAUUCCACCACGUUGCAGGCGGUCAACGGCACCUCCGACGACUACGAGAUGACCGACAAGGGUAUUGCCUGGUCCUCGGACAAGAACAGGUUUAAAAAGACCUCCUACGACUACACAGAAAUUACGCCUCCCCCCAACUGGUACAAGAGGUUUCCCGAUGGCUACAACGCUACCAACGUGCCAGACAUCUCGAGCUGGGAACAGUUCCAGAACUGGAUGCACACCUCAGGCUUGCCUACCUUCAACAAGAUGGCACUCAGAAACGACAACGAUGUAUUGCGUGCGGGAAUCUACGAGAUCACCAUUGGGCUCCAUUUUCCUGUUCUUCCAUUCAAGGGACACAAGUACGUGUAUAUCUCGCAGAGAUCGGUUCUUGGAGGAAAGAACGACUUCUUGGGCAUCAGCUGGAUGGCUGGAGGCGGUGCGUGCUUCCUUCUUGGGCUCUCGUUGUUGGUGAUCAACUUCAUCAAGCCCAGAAAAACAGGAGACGUCAACUUGUUGAGUUGGAACAGGGAAAAGGCUGCCAGAGACGAGCAACAAGCGGCCAUUGCAGGCACUGGAGGAAUUGAUCUCCCUGAAAAGAACUAGGCGUGGUUAGCAUAGAUUGCGUCGAUUAUCCAUAUGGCGAUGGUCGGCAUGUUUCGUAUAUUUAAUUCCAUGGUUGAAAAAUGGCAUCUGUAGGACGUGGAACGGAUCAGGGUGUGUUGGGUCC